AUGAAAAACUACACCUCACUUACGACUGUACAAAUUAAUUUUAUGGAGAAUGCAAGAUGGCUCGACAUCCCGGAAGGAAUGAAACGUCUUACCAAUGAUGACGGAUACUUUGCUGUCACUCUUCCACUCUGUAUGAUCUUAGGAGUUGCUGAAGACUAUCAAAUGAUGGUUGUAAAUGCAAAGCGUGAACUUGUCCUGACAAGAUCGCACAGUGACUUGAAUGCUAUUGUUCAGGCACGGCAACAGCCAGGAAAUGAAGAGCAAUUCAAGAUCUCGAUUCAUAAAGUGGAGUGGAUGAUACCAUAUGUAAUCGUGUCAGCUCAGGAAAAAGUACAGUUGCUCAAACUUAUUGAAAAAUGUUUUCUCACAACCAUGAGUUUUCGCUCAUGGGAAUUGUAUGAAUGCCCCCUUCUUCCCACCACCUCAAGACAUAUAUGGACUGUGAAGAAGUCAACUGAGUGGAAAAAACCACGGUACAUUAUACUGGGAUUUCAGAUAGGCAGAAAGAAUAAACAAGUCAGAUAUGAUAAUCACUUCAAUCACUGUAAUAUAACAAAUGUCAAGGUGUUCUUCAGUUCACAGUACUAUCCGUACAGUAAUUUGCAUCUGGACUUUGGUCAUAAUCAGUUUGCACUACUGUAUAAGAUAUAUGCAAACUUUCAGGUAGCCUACUACGGUAAACAGCCUGAACCAAUGUUAAAGAAAAGUGAUUUCAAGGAAUACGCUCCACUUACUGUCAUUAAUUGCUCAAAACAAAAUGAUUUUCUCAAACAGACCACUGUGGCCGUUCGUUUGGAAUUUGUAUCUGCAAACAAUUUCCCUGCUGAAACUGCAAACUACUGUCUAAUUAUACAUUACCGUAUGAUUCAGUACCAGCCCCUUCGUGGUAGCGUGAAGAAGUUGAUUUAA